GAAGGCCUUGGCAACGGCAGGGCACCGUCAGGGCCUCCCCCUCAGGGCAUCCCCAGGGUGCCCACGCGGUCCCUUCGUCCCGUCCUCGGUGCCCCCCGUGGUGCCCCCCCGUGGUGCCCCCCCCCCGCCGCCGCCGCCGCCGCCAUGAAGGACGUGCCGGGCUUCCUGCAGCAGAGCCAGAGCUCCGGCCCCGGCCAGGCCGCCGUGUGGCACCGGCUGGAGGAGCUCUACACCAAGAAGCUGUGGCAUCAACUCACUCUUCAGGUCCUCGAUUUUGUGCAGGACCCCUGCUUUGCCAAAGGAGAUGGCCUCGUCAAGCUCUACGAAAACUUCAUCAGCGAGUUCGAGCACAGAGUGAACCCCCUGUCCCUGGUAGAAAUCAUUCUUCAUGUGGUCCGGCAGAUGACAGAUCCCAGCGUGGCCCUUACCUUUCUGGAAAAGACUCGAGAAAAGGUGAAGAGCAGCGAUGAGGCCGUGAUCCUGUGUAAGACGGCCAUCGGGGCCUUGAAGUUAAACAUAGGGGACCUGCCGGUCACCAAGGAGACGAUCGAAGACGUGGAGGAGAUGCUGAACGGCCUCCCCGGAGUCACCUCCGUCCACAGCCGCUUCUACGACCUCUCCAGCAAAUACUACCAGACCGUCGGAAACCACGCCUCCUACUACAAGGACGCCCUGCGCUUCCUGGGCUGCGUCGACGUCAAGGAGCUGCCAGUGUCCGAGCAGCAGGAGAGGGCGUUCACCCUGGGCCUCGCCGGACUGCUGGCCGAAGGGGUUUACAACUUCGGCGAACUGCUCAUGCACCCGGUGCUGGAGUCCCUGCGCGGCACUGACCGGCAAUGGCUGAUCGACACCCUGUUUGCCUUCAACAGCGGCAACGUGGAGAAGUUUCAGGCCCUGAAGGCCUCCUGGGGCCAGCAGCCGGACCUGGCUGCCAACGAAGCUCUCCUCCUGCAGAAGAGCCAGCUGCUGUGCCUCAUGGAGAUGACCUUUACCCGACCCGCCAACCACCGGCAGCUGACCUUUGAGGAAAUUGCCAAAAGUGCCAAAGUCACCGUGAACGAGGUGGAGCUCCUAGUGAUGAAGGCCUUGUCGGUGGGGCUGUUGAAGGGCAGCAUCGACGAGGUGGACAGGCGGGUACACAUGACCUGGGUGCAGCCGCGGGUGCUGGACCUACAGCAGAUCAAGGGGAUGAAAGAGCGGCUGGAAUCGUGGUGCACGGACGUGAAGAGCAUGGAGAUGCUGGUGGAGCACCAGGCCCACGACAUCCUCACCUAGAGGGAGGGAAGGGGAGGGGAGGGUCCCGGGCCGGAGGCCCCCACGCCGCCCGACUCCGGACCGGAUCCUCUUCCGGGGGAGGGGGUGCAAGCCCCGCUUCCCGAUGCUCGUCCGGAGAGGCUCAGCCACCUCCUCCGCGCCGCCACCUCCGGUGUCUGGAGCGGGGCCGCCCGAAAGGCAGCGACUCCGGGAGCCGGAGCGGACCCCCGUGGGGGCGGGUCCGUUAUUUUUAGAGUGCGGCUACUCCG